ACGUCAUGACUUUGUUGCUAAACUGCCUGGCAACUUGUAAGGUGGAGAUGAUCAGUCUCUCUCCUAAUUUUUAAUUUGUAUUACAAUUCUUGGAUUACCACAAUGACUAUCAGGUUACUCUUGAUAUUUGUGGUAAUGCUGUGCGCUGUGCAUCAAGCUCCUGCUGUAUAUCGGGACCUUGCGUGCGUGGAACCCGAGCCAGGAUAUGCCCCAAGAUUGUUCCAUUAUUUCACCGCAUCUGGAAUUGAGAAAGUAUGCCCAGCGCCUGCCGAUCUCAUACGGCGAAUAGGAAAUGAAGUAUUCUGUAUCCUACUAAGUAAGCUUCUAGCCCUGCUGUUGGGCUAUGUGCCGUCUAUUGGAAACAUCGCCAGAGAGAAAUGGUCAGCCAUGGUGUCAAUGUUCCAAGGAUGGAGAGCUCGCCCGUCCCGCUGUCGUCACUGCGGAACUACCCCUUGUCAAGUCAAAAUGAAAUGCCUAUGGAUGCCCUCCGGACCUCGUAAGAGGAGCAAAGCCAACUUCACGGAGCGGUCAAAGGCAAUGAUGCUGUUCAGCUAUGGACUGGAGUUGUCUGUCCAGUUGACCAAGGAGCUGCCACAGGACGACCUGUACUGGCAGAGGAAAUUCUGUGAUCAAUUUGAGGAGAAGCAUAUGGUUCUGUUCCCACUGUGCAUCCAGCGUCAGGUCAACCUCUGGUACCCUGUUCCUCCCUAGAUUAUUGCCCCAGUGUCCGAGAAGAUGGUUGACGAUGGUGUGAUAACAGGCAUAUCGAUCAAAGUUUUGAUUCGGUGCGCCUUGAUCAUUCAAUUAUUUGUCUUUGUCACGGUCAGUUCUUGACCACGGCUAAUGACUGAUUCUAACACUGUGCAUCAUGAUACCGUCAAGUGGUCUUCUUACGAAGAAUUCU